AUGACAGUAUCUUGUGUGAAUGAUGACUCUUUUGGUCCAAUCGUUCAAGAUUGCCUGGGAAACUUUGAUUUCACGCUAAAGUUUGAAAAGGUCAUUCUUUCGAUACUGCCAUCAGCCAUUUUCAUUGCUCUAUCACUCCCCAGAGUCAUUUUCCUUGCUCGUAAAUCCAAAACAAAGACCGGUGCAACCUUUCAGAUCGUCAAACUGGUGGCAGCAUCAAUCUAUACAAUCCUGCAGUUUGCCCUUCUUAUUGUCAGCACGGUCCGGCCAUACGAACUGCCCAAACUAUCCAUCGCAGCCGGAGCCUUGAGUUUUGUUGCGGCCGUGGUCCUCACUGCUUUGAGUUUUCUGGAGCAUUCCCGAUCAACCAGGCCCUCAAUUUUGCUCGCCGUCUUUCUCUUUCUGACGGUGCUCUGUGAUGUUGUGCAAGUGCGGUCCCUGUGGCUACGGGCUCAUAACUACUAUGGUUUUAACUAUGUGAAACUUUUCAUGGCCACCACCCUUUGGAAGGCUGUCUUGAUAUUGUUGGAAUCAGUACACCGUCAGAGCUGGCUAAGAUGGGACUGGGAAGAGCACAGCCCCGAAGAAUCCAGUGGACUUUACGGGCUCGGCACAUUCCUCUGGCUUAGUCCCCUUUUCAUGUCUGGGUAUAAAAAGGUUCUGGAUAUAUCGGAUCUUUUCCCUCUGGACAACAGUGUUUCUGUGGAGGCUUUGAAAACGUCGUUUGAUCAUCGGAUCAGGACUACUGGCUUCAAUGGAGACAAAAAUGGCUUGAUGAAAGUACUGGGGCGCAGCUUAGCAACCCCCCUUCUCCUACCAGUUGCUCCUCGAGUCGCUCUACUGGGGCUUACCAUCUGUCAACCCAUUCUCGUUCAAUCAAUCCUGAGCUUCCUCGAGGACCCCAGCAGCAGUUUGACUACCAAUAAAGGAUACGGUUUGAUCGGUGCUACAAUAAUCGUCUAUACAGGAAUUCCAUUCUCCACUGCUCUCUACUGGUAUCUACAAGAGCGAGCGUUGUUCAAAAUGAGAGGGUGUUUGUCUUCUGCGAUUUACCGCCAGACCAUUCAGACACAGGCCUCCAACAAUGAAGACUCGGCGGCCGUUACGCUGAUGAGCACUGAUGUCGAAAGAGUUAGAACGGGCUUAAUGAUGCUUCAUGAGUUCUGGGCCAAUCCAAUUCAGGUGGCAAUCACCUGUUGGCUACUUCAACAACAGCUCGGGGCAGCGUUUGUGGCUCCCCUGGUAGUUGUCUUUGUUUGUCUUGCCUCAUCGAGCAUCCUUGUCCGCUUCAUUGGUCCUCGGCAAACAGUUUGGAUGAAGACUAUUCAGAAACGAGUCGGUCAUACAGCAAAUGUCAUCGAGAACAUAAAACAUUUGAAGAUAUCAGGACUCACAAGUCCUGUAAAGGAUGCUAUUCAAAAUCUCCGGCUUGAAGACUUGAAGGCCGGAGGUAAAUUUCGAAGUCUUCUCGUCGGGUCUGUGGGAAUUGCGUUUACGCCCGUUCUACUGAGCCCUGUUCUUGCGUUAGCCCUCACGUCACGCGAACUAAAUGUCACGACAAUAUAUACGUCGAUUUCUUGGCUCCAGCUUCUCACAUCACCACUAUCCAGCCUACUUCAAAGUAUUACUCACCUGAUCGCGGCAUUCUCUUGUGUAUCAAGAAUACAACAGUUUCUUGAGCAAGAGCCCCGUCAAGACUUUCGCCAAUUUGACACAACAUACCAAUAUCCCGAAAAGGAGAGCUCAAAUGAGAAUUCCCCGUCGGUUGUUGAGGUCAGAAAUGCAGAUUUUGGCUGGAAAGGAAUUCCUCCGACUCUGAAGAAUAUCAAUGUUUCAAUAUCCCAGGGCCUGACUAUGGUCAUUGGCCCUGUGGCCUGUGGCAAGUCGACACUGUGUAAAGCACUGCUGGGAGAAACUCCGGUUACGUCUGGGGAAACUUUGAUGCGAACUAGGUUUCCUAACAUUGGCUACUGCGAUCAAAAUCCCUUUUUGCCGAAUGAAAGUAUCAAAGACACUAUAGUGGGGUUUUCGGACUUCAGUGAAGAGAGAUAUGCCUCGGUUAUUCAUGCAACAAUGUUAUCCCAGGACCUGCUUCUCCUUCCAAAUGGAGAUCAAACAAAGAUUGGCAGUGGUGGAAUCGCUCUCAGUGGUGGACAAAAACAGCGUGUCGCACUUGCAAGAGCACUGUAUCUACAGUGCGACUUGCUUAUCUUUGAUGAUCCUCUCGGUGGCUUGGAUACCAAUACAGAAGAGCACAUAUUCUCCGAACUCUUUGGUCCUUCUGGCAUCCUCAGAAAAAGAAAAGAUAUCGUUAUACUCUGCACAAACAACACCCGACGACUUCCAUCGGCCGACUAUAUCAUCGCACUAGCAAGUGACGGUACCAUUGUGGAAAAGGGUCGUUUCCGCGACCUUGUCGCAAACCAAAGCUAUGUUCAUAGCCUCGGAUUCCAAAAUGAUGAUAAUGAUGCAUGGCAGCCAAAGGCAGCAACAAUUUCCUCAUCUGGAAUUGAAAGUCUUCAAAGUCCAGCCGAAGCUAGUGCUGUGGACAACGAUGGUUUCACUGUGGAGAGUGAUGACAAGGAGUCGAAUAGAGCUGUUGGUGAUAUCGCUGUCUUCGCACACUACUGCCGGAGUAUUGGCAACUUUUGGCUGAUUAGCUUCAUACUGGUUGGAAUUCUGUACGGAUUUCUUUCCAGCUACCCUACAAUUUGGCUAGGUUACUGGAGCGCAGAUACUUUCAACCACUCGAAGUCUUUCUAUGUUGGAAUUUACGGCCUUUUCCAAGGCCUGGCUUUACUCACAGUAUUGGCCGUGGCAAUCAUUGGUCUUCUCCUUAUCAUCCGCAACUCAGGGUCCCGUUUACAUGAAGCAGCUCUCCAAACGAUGAUUUCCGCCCCGCUGCGCUUCUUCUACCAGACGGAUACGGGCACCAUCACCAACCUGUUCUCUCAAGACAUGACACUCAUAGACGGAGAGCUUCCAGAAGCCUUGAUUAAUUCUUCUAUCAACCUCUGGGCUGUACUGGGAGGGGCGGCAGUGAUUGCGUCUUCAUCUCCCUACAUCAUUAUCGCGUAUCCUUUUGUUCUGUCGAUUGUUUACGGUGUUCAGAAAUUCUACCUUCGAACGUCUCGCCAAAUACGGCUAUUGGAUCUCGAGGCAAAGAGCCCGCUCUAUACCCAUUUCUUGGAUACGAUCAGAGGCACAAUUACCCUACGAGCUUUCGGCUGGACAGAAGAAUCCAUCCUCUUCAACAAUGGCCUUCUAGAUACAUCACAACGUCCUGCCUACCAGCUGAGCAUGAUUCAGCGAUGUCUAUCCUUUGUGCUCAACAUGGUUGUGGCAGUCAUUGCGCUGCUAGUGGUAACGCUUACUACACAGCUUCGACUCAGUACUGGCUUGACCGGUGCGAGCUUGGUGUCGAUUAUGGGUCUUGGUAAGAAUUUGGCUUCAAUGGUGGAGAUGUAUACGCUGUUGGAGACUUCCAUUGGCGCCGUCGGCCGCAUCAAAUCCUUCAGCGAUAAGACAGAUCCGGAAGAUUUACCAGGGGAGGAUACUCAACCCCCUACGACUUGGCCGGAAAGGGGCAUGAUCACAGUGAAGAAUGUAUCUGCAUCGUAUAGGACCGGCAGAGAUCUCGGCAGGCUCAGGCAAUCUUGCACUUCGAAACCUCACAUUCACAGUACAAGCAGGCCAAAAAGUAGCAAUUUGUGGAAGAACUGGAAGGUGAGUUUCAAAUCAUUAUUGAUGGAGCCUCUCGAGAUCUAUCCACAUACUGCAGCGCAGAGUACUCAUACAACUGUUCGUGUAUAUAGUGGCAAAUCCUCCAUCGUUCUUCUACUACUGCGCCUAUUAGAUCCGCUUUCUUCAUGCACCGGAGAGCUUGAUAUCGAUGACACGUCACUCCUAACAAUCGAUCGCUCCACUCUCCGUCGAUGUAUCAUCGCAGUGCCUCAGGACCCAACAUUCUUCCCGGACGGCACUACCUUCCGGAAGAAUCUCGACCCACUCGAGGCUGCAACAGAUGAGGAGUGCUCCGCGUCACUACAAAGAGUCGGGUUAUGGAUAUUAGUGUCUGGCCGCGGUGGACUCGAGGCCGGACUAAGUGCCGACGCGCUCAGUCACGGUCAGAAGCAGCUGUUCAAUCUGGCAAGAGCAGUCCUGCGCCAGAAAGUCCGUGCCCGGCAGCUAGAACAUCAGCUAGGUGCUGAGGUAAUACACGCUUAUAUGGGCUCAAACGGCUCUGCACCUCAGGCCCGGAGUAAUGGGGGUGUUUUGAUUCUCGAUGAGAUUAAUAGUAGUGUGGAUGCCGACACGCAGAAGAUUAUUCGGGAUAUCAUAUGGCAUGAGUUUGAUGGGUACACUGUGGUCAUGGUUAGUCAUCGGCUUGAUGUGGUGAUGGAGUUUGAUAAGGUCUUGGUUAUGAAUGGUGGUAGGCUUGUAGAAGAGGGAGUGCCGGCGCAGUUGAUCAAGGAGGAAAGUGGCUGGUUUAAGGAUUUAUGGAUGGCUGGGAAUGGUAAGAGUUCGCCGUCAUAA